CUGGCUGAGCUUUGAAGCCGAAAUCCACAGCGCAAGUCGCCAAUCAAACAACCCGGUCAGAUAAACAGAAGAGAAAGAGCGAGGGAGGACAGAGCGUGCGUCUCAUAUGGAUUAACAGAGACGCGCUCGUGAUUUGGCCCUGAUCAAUUCACGAUUUUCUGCUAGUAGACACCGGAAACGGCUGCCUGAUCACCAUCUAUCAAAGAACAACGAUUAAGCCUGAGAAUAAACGAAAGGGACUAUGACACAGGCGCUCAAAAGGCCGUGCACACGAGCCAAAUGAACCGAUUGUGCAACUCGUAGUGCCAACCAGCUCCUUUCUGCAUUCCUUCUGUGCACUGCAGCACCCUUACAGGAACAUGUCUGCGGCGCAGACUCAGAAUGACCGGGAGCAGCGUUGGGGUUGUCUGGAAUCGCUCGGCCUCAGCCAGAGGGAGCUGGUCCUAGCGGAGGCCCUGCAGAUGGAGUAUGACGCCCUUGCCCGCCACCGACAGGACAAGGGACCAGCAAAUACACUACCUCCUGAAACCAGCAAGUCAUCAUCACCCGCGAGGAGCGAGCCCUCCAUGCCAAGACGUGUUCCCAGUCCUCCUUGGAAUAAUUUGCAGCAGGGUGUUUCUGGAUCUGACCCCAUGCUCAACCACAUUCAACCCGGAGUGUCGAACUUAUCGCGAUCCAGCGGCGAGUCUCACGGAUUUAGUAAGGAGCCUCGUUACAUCCUGGACGAAUGGGAAAGUGAUUUCGAAGGAACAGCGCAGAUGUUGUCAAAAGGGCUGCCAUCUCUAGAUGAGCCUCCGCCACCAGUACCGCCCAGAAAUCCCAUCCCCCAGAACGAUCCGUUCAUUGUACAUCGAAGCUCAGCCCCACGGGAUGUCAACUUGUUCACUCCUGAGGUGGACCAGCCCAAGCUUUCCUUUGGAGACACCCUGAACUAUGAUAACCUCAAUGACUCCCUGAGCAAGCUAAAUGGGGAUUGGCUGUCACCUAAUAGAAGCCGGAGAGUAAAUGGGGACAAAUCAGGGAAGGCAGUAGCUCGCAGUAACACCCUUCCUCCUCAGGUUCCUCCUCGCACCUAUCUUCCAGCGCAGAAGAGUACUAGAAGCCAACGCAGAGUAUCAGUUGAUCCAGUAUCUCUGGGGUCCAGGCCAAAUGGAUUUGGUUAUGAGCUGUUUCAGGUGUCUGAAGAGAGAGAUGAAGAAGUGGCGGGCUUCUGUCAUGUACUUGACUUGCUACGAUCGGCGUACCCAUGCAAUGACUACUCAAAAAAUGCAGGCUUUGUUUGGAGUCCGUGUGUGGCACAAGAUGAACUGCAGCAGGGCCUGGGGGUCAGCAUAAAGGUCACGGUUUAUAGUGACCACUUCAGAGAACCGCUCACAUUCUCUUGUGAUGGAUCGUCAACCAUAGACCUGCUGAUUUAUCAGACACUCUGCUACACCCAUGAUGACCUGGAUAUGAUUGACGUGGAUGACUACCUGAUGAAAAUCUGUGGCCAGGCAGAGUUCCUCAAAAACAACCAGACUCUGGCGAGCUUCGAGUACAUCCAGCAGUGUCUGAAGUUUGACUGGGACAUUCAACUCACUCUUACCAAACGGAGUUCUGUCAACAUGGAGCUCGCCCGAACGACAGAGGAUGAUGAUACUCUAUCCACCAUGAACCACAGUAUUCUACUACAAGAGAGGCCAAUCAAACAGACUGUGACCAGGGAGGCACUGACUCUUCUCCUGGAUACCUUUCACAAUGAGGCUGAGUCUUUCCUUUUAUCGGAGGUUGAGCUGCCGUUGCAUGUGGAGCGGUUAGUGCAGUCUGUGAAGGCCUUGUGUACUUCUCUAGCAGCUGUAGAAACACCUGACAUCACUGCUGCCUUAAACCAGCUGCCAGCUUGCCCAUGCAGACUACAGCCUAAAGUGCAGAAGGAUGUCAGUGUCUUGGCGAAGAGAGAAAACAGAGUGGCAAUUGUGGAGAAGUUGACUGCAGCCAUCUUGGAUCUUGUGGAGCUGUACUGCAGCACUUUCAAUGCUAAUUUCCACACCAUGCCACACAGUAGCAGAUCCACAGCCCCCAUACAGGAAGCUGGCAUGGUCACCAACGUGCUUUCCUUCAGCGUUUACGCAGCUCAUCGCAUCCCUAUCACAUGGGCUGCCAGCUAUGAAAAUUUCUUCCUGUCCUGUUCUCUCACCCAUGGUGGAGUGGAGCUUUGUGCCCCCCAGCACACCAGUAAACAGUCGGUCAGCAAAUAUCUCUUCCACCUGGUGGUGUGGGACCAGAGAGUUUGCUUCCCCAUCCAGAUCAAUCAGUUACCAAGGGAGUCACAACUGAAUGUGACGCUAUAUGCCAUCCCUCUACCACCCCCUGGAGGUGCGGAGGAAAAGAGCAAGCAGAAACGCAGCAUUGAGGCUUUGGGUUGGGUCACCAUGCCCUUAUUCAACUUCAGACAUGUUCUGACGUGUGGGAGGAAGCUUCUGGGUCUCUGGCCUUCAACCCCUGGCAGUGGAAACGCUCGUUCCAGUACACCCAACUUCAGCCAGCCAGACAGCGUCAUCCUUCAGGUGGACUUUCCCACUUCUUCUUUCGAAGUGCGCUUCAGCACCCCCGCUCCUGCAGAAUUCAGCCCCCAGUACGAGUUCUCCCGUCUGGACCAGCUCAGCCAGAGGCAGCUUCAUGAUGUCUUGCACAAGAAGUCCCUUUUCUGGUUGACUCCAGAGGACCGGCGUCUUUUGUGGGAGAAGCGUUAUUUCUGCCACGUGGAAGCCAGUCGUCUGCCGCUGGUCCUGGCCAGCGCGCCCAGCUGGGAGUGGGCAUGUCUGCCUGACAUCUAUGCCCUGCUCCGACAGUGGGGAUGCAUGAACCACCUGGACACCCUAGGCCUGCUGAACGCCACGUUUCCAGAUCAGGAGUGCAGACGGACCGCGGUACAGUGGAUGGACUCAAUCUCUGAUCCUGAGCUUUUGGAUUUCCUUCCUCAGUUAGUGCAGGCGCUGAAGUACGAGUGUUAUCUGGACAGUCACCUGGUGCGUUUUCUGCUUAGGAGGGCCAUCGGUGAUGUGCGCAUUGCUCACUACCUCUUCUGGUUGCUGAAAGAUACUCUUCAGGAUUCUCAGUUUAGUGUGAGGUAUCAGUAUCUGCUGGCGGCUCUUCUCUGCUGCUCUGGUCGUGGUUUGAGGGAUGAGUUUGAUAGGCAAUGCUGGCUGGUUAACAUUCUGGCUAAAGUGGCCCAGCGAGUUAGAGACUCUUCACCUUCAUCCAGACAGGCUAUUCUCCGAGAGGGGAUGGAGGAGGUCAAAGAGUUCUUCUCUAUAAACAGCACCUGUCGACUUCCCCUGAACCCAGGCCUGUUCGUCAAGGGCAUCAACAUACAGUCUUGCUCCUACUUCAACUCUAAUGCAGUUCCCCUCAAGCUCUCGUUCCAGAAUCAGGAUCCUUUAGGAGACAACAUCAACGUCAUCUUUAAGUCUGGAGAUGACCUGCGGCAGGACAUGCUGACGCUGCAGAUCAUUCGGAUCAUGAAUAAGAUCUGGAUCCAAGAGGGGCUUGAUAUGAGGAUGGUGAUCUUCCGCUGCUUCUCUACUGGACGAGGCAGAGGCAUGGUAGAGAUGAUUCCCAAUGCAGAAACCCUGAGGAAGAUCCAAGUUGAGCAUGGAGUGACUGGUUCCUUCAAAGACCGGCCUUUGGCAGACUGGCUGCAGAAACACAACCCCACUGAGGAUGAGUAUGAAAAGGCAGUGGAAAACUUCAUCUAUUCAUGCGCAGGUUGUUGUGUGGCCACGUACAUUCUAGGAAUCUGCGACCGCCACAAUGACAACAUCAUGUUGAAGACCAGCGGACACAUGUUCCAUAUUGACUUCGGCAAGUUCCUGGGGCACGCACAGAUGUUUGGCAACAUCAAACGGGACCGGGCUCCUUUUGUGUUUACAUCUGACAUGGCGUAUGUCAUCAAUGGAGGUGACAAGCCAUCCAGCCGUUUCCAUGACUUUGUAGACUUGUGUUGUGAAGCCUACAAUCUGAUUAGGAAACAUGCACAUUUAUUUCUCAACCUGCUUGGCCUGAUGCUCUCCAGUGGGAUACCAGAGCUGUCUGAUGUGGAUGAUCUGAAAUAUGUUUAUGAUGCUCUGAGACCACAUGAAUCAGAAGCAGAUGCCACCAUGCACUUCACCAGGCUCAUCGAAUCCAGUCUUGGCAGUGUGGCUACUAAACUCAACUUCUUCAUCCAUAACCUGGCCCAAAUGAAGUUUGCAUCCUCUGAGGAGCGUCCCGUUCUGUCAUUUGCUCCACGCGUCUACACUCCAAAGAGUGAUGGAGUUAUUCGCAGCCUGUUUGUUUGCAGACACAUCAAAACCUAUACUCCAAGCAAAGGCUAUUCUUAUGUUGUGAAAGUGGAGCGGGAUGGUCAACAGGGGUCAACUUUAGUCCAAAGGACUUUUGAGGAGUUCCAUGAACUUCACAGUAAACUGCAGCUCAUCUUCCCUUCCUCAAAACUACCCAGCUUCCCCAGCCGCUUUGUGAUUGGCCGGUCUCGAGGUGAGGCCCUGGCAGACAGAAGAAAAGAGGAGCUAAAUGGAUAUGUUUGGCACUUGAUCCAUGCUGCUCAAGAGGUGGCACAGUGUGAUCUGAUCUACACCUUCUUUCAUACUCUACCAAGAGAUGAACGGGCAGGAAGUGUAGGAACUGUUGUUAAUGCUCUCCAUAAUAAACCAGCAGAUGUGUCCUGGGCUCCUGUGCCCGGUACAGUGGCAGGUGAAGUGAAGCUCUCGAUUCUGUACAAGAGUGACAAGCUUUUCAUUAUGGUGAUGCACAUAAGAGGUUUGCAACCCUUGCAGGACGGAACAGAUCCUGAUCCGUACGUCAAAUUGUACCUCCUCCCAGACCCUCAGAAAACUAGCAAGAGGAAGACCAAGGCAGCCCGGCGAACAUGCAACCCCACUUACAAUGAGAUGCUGGUGUAUGACAAGAUUCCACGUGGUGAUUUGCAGCAGAGAACCAUUCACCUGCGGGUACUGAGCGAGGGUGCAUUCUGGGAGAACACCCUGCUGGGUGAAACCAUCAUCCAACUGAAGGACCUCACCCCGGGCCAUCGCUGGGUUGGCUGGCACCAGCUUGGCGCUAGAGGCUCUGACAUAAACCGUUAACACUUGUGUGGAAGUGAAGGAUUUUACUUGUGUCCUUCGGUGUGCAUGUGUUUGUGUCUGUCUUUGCUUAUGGGUCGGGAGUUGGAGAUGCCCAGCUGCUCAGAAGGCUGUUUCCCCCAGUGGGGGUUUGUGUUUGCUGAUUCUCCUACCCAGGAGACAUGUAGACUUGGUGAUGGAGUGUCAUCACUUGAUACUAUUCUGGUGGGGUACCGUGCACCACGUGAACCAGAUUCCGGAUUUAUAAAAAUGUUUCUUGGUGGACAAAAACCAUUUGGUGACACAAGGAUGGGCAGAAAGAAUAUUUAAAGAUGAACUGACUUCCAUGCGCCAUAUUUUUUUGGGGGCGGGGUUCUGGAAAAUUGCUGUCCAUGAAACUACUAAGCCCCAUUUGGUCUUCUUGAGAAUGCUAAUGGAAAUUUAAGUUAUUUUCUUUUUAAGAUGUUUCUCUAUUGCGGCUCAAUUUUGAGCUAUGUUGUGUCUUGUGACAUUAGUUAUGUCUCUUUGUAUCAGAUUUUGCAGAGAUUUACCUAGGAAUUAGUAGCGAGGGCCGCUUUUGUACUGUAAAGUUAGGUAAUUUCACAUUGGCUGUGGCAUUUACCUGAUCAUGAAAAAGGGAUGAACACUUGAUAGUCUCUGGCUUGAAAUUGUGGAAUUAACUUGCUCCAUAUAACCACUGCAGGAAAUGACAAACAGAACAGAGUGAAUGUAGAUUUUUGAUUAUGUAAACUAGGUGGGUGCAUAAAAACAAAACCAUGAAUUGCAUGUACAGUAUAUUGAACAAGAGAGACAAACCAUGAGGAAUAUGAAUUUCUUUGCAUAAGCCUCUAAAAUUUGUUUCUUUCCAAAAUGAUGGCACACUUUUAUAUGCAGGAAAGGCUUUAGAAGGGACUUGAUUUCAGGGUCAGUGAGUUUGCCUUGAAAUAUAAACACAACUCACAAGGAAAUUUCUGUUGAUUUUGCAUGCUGUGAAAUUUGCUACUGGAUAAAUAUUGCAUUUUUGCAUUUGUUUGUCAAGUACAUUGACCUCACAUUUUUCCAAGUUUUAUUGGUUAACUUUUUUUAAAGGAGGAAAGAAAUUAAAGCUUUAGACUGUAGUUCUGUCAGUAUUUCCAUUCCUCAUUGGUAUGUAAAACUGCAUGUAAAUUAAAUGCUAAAUAUACCAGAGUAGCUUUUUUCAAUUUGUGCUUAAAGAUUUUGAAUUCAGAUUUGCUUUACUUUGCACUCAGUUCACAGAAAGGGGAAAUUAAGUAAUUGGAAGUUACCUUAAAUUAUAUUUAAACUUAUUUCCAUAUACGUGUCCAAUUUAACCAUGUGGCAUUGAUGUUUGUGUUUAAAAAAAAAAAAAAAAAAAAAGGAAAACUAUGAAGAAAACUGAACCUUUCCACUCUUAACUGAAUUUAUAUAUUUAAAUCAAUAACCUACAAGUUGAAAGUGCAACCCUGUAUGUCGAGGUGCUCUAACAAUCCAGUAGCCUUAAGCAAACUUAGGUAUGACUAUCCAGGUCAAAGCAGUCCCUGUUCUGUAGCUUUUUCUAACCAGACAAACCAGCUCCAUUUCAGAUUUGAAGUACAUUUUCUAAAGUAUUGAUCUUUCUUUCAAAUGAUGAAUGGUUGUGUGUGUUGUAUGACCCCCCAAAUGGCACUGUUGUGUGAUGUUUAACCAUGGGAAAUGAUUGUAUGAUUGCAUGCCAACCCAUAACGGAAAGCUGUGUGUUUCAGAAAAGCUAUCUUUUUGUUGUGUAUGUGCAGAAGAGUUUGGAUUUAAAGGUAUAGAGUUUAUAUAACAGCAAUGGGGUUGGCAUAUUGUAAAUGUGAUUUAUGGAUUGUAAAUGGGCUUUAUCCUAUCAUAUUCAUUUUUAGACUAAAGGUUUAAUGUGUUUCUUCUAAUUUCAAACCAUGUUUUUAAACCUUAUUUGCACUUAAUAAAUGCACAGGGAAACUGA